CGCCGACCACAGAGAUCAGCGCGGGCAUAUCUUAUGGGUUCUCAGCUAACAGUGACACACAGGUGGCGAAGCAGUCGUUGACGGCAAAUGGCCAGGCAGGCAGCGCAUUUCUGAGCACACCGCCUCCUCUCCUGAAGAUUGUGGACAACAAUGCUCUCAUGGCCAAGAUUCCCAACGGAUUCCCUGUCAAAUUUCUAGUUCGCAUCAAGCUGUCCCCCAACGAUUACACGCCCUUGUCUCUGAAUGUUUCCACUGGU